AUGCCCCACAGCUCCUCCAGCAGCGACUCCAGCAGCUUCAGCCAGUCUCCCCCUCCCAGCAAGCAGGACUCUUCUGAUGACAUGAGGAAAGUCCAAAGGAGGGAGAAGAAUCGCAUUGCUGCCCAGAAGAGUCGCCUGAGGCAGACCCAGAAAGCAGACACGCUGCACUUGGAGAGCGAAGACCUGGAGAGGCAGAACGCUGCCCUGCGCCGGGAGAUCAAGCAGCUGACAGAGGAGAUGAAGCAUUUUGCCUCGAUGCUGAGCUCCCAUAAAAACAUCCUCACAUCCCCUCCGCCACCUCCAGAAGUGCUUUAUGCCACACACUCCUUCCACCAGCCCCACAUCAGCUCCCCACGCUUCCAGCACUGAGCCAGUGGCACAGCAGCCUGCCCGGUUCCGCUGAUGGCAAGAAGCAAUUCCGUGGGGCUCGCUUUGCCAUCCA